AUGUCUGAUUCUAACAAGUUAUUCGAAGUUCUUGCUUCGUGUAUCGGACCGACACCAUUGCCAUAUGUAUGUCGAAUGUAUAUGGAUCUUUCGAUUCUUCCACCAUCGGUUUUAUCAUCUGAUUCACGUGCACAAAUUAUUCAAACUGCUGUAAAUGAACGUUUUGAAAGUCAAUUUACGAUUGUUCAAAUUCGGACAUUAACAAAUCUUAUUGCUAUGAAUAUUUCGUUUGUAAAAAAUUUCAUCAAAAAUGCUCAUGUUUCGCAAGUUUAA